AUGAUGAAGAGACAAAGAGAAAAAGAGAGCAUGGAACACCAAAAGAACAAAACAUAUUUUCAAGAUCAGUUUGAGUGCAAAACAUGCAACCGAAAAUUCUCAUCUUUUCAAGCACUUGGUGGUCACAGGACAAGUCACAAGAAACUCAAACUUGAAGGAGAUGAAACAGUACUCAAAGGGUAUGAUCAUACAAAUAAGCAACCAAAAAUGCAUAAGUGUUCAAUUUGUGGACAAGAAUUCAAAUUGGGUCAAGCUUUGGGUGGACAUAUGAGAAGGCAUAGAAUUAAUAAUGAAGGGUUUUCCUUAUCUUGUAUGAAUUAUCAAGUGAUAGCAAAAUCUUCUCCUGUUUUGAAAAGAUCGAAUAGUAAAAGUAAAAGGGUGAUGUGUUUAGAAUUGGACUUGAAUUUGACACCUUUAGAAAAUGACUUGAAGUUCUUGUUUGGAAAUAAGGCGCCUCAAGUAGAUCACUCUUUAUUUUGA